UCUCAAUAAACAAAAAAUAAAAUUGAAUUUUUUCUACCAUAAAUAAGAGGGCGCUAUUUUGUUUAUAAUAUUGUUCUGUAAAUUCACUAAAACGACGCUAUAGCACCACAAAAAAAUACGUUAUAACCAGUGGCGUUUUAUGUUGGAGGUGUCAAAUUUGUUGGUAUUCAAAGUGUACUGGAUCCAAAGUUACCGCAUUUAUUUCAGCUAUGGGUGGAUGCCGAUGCUCCUACAAAAACUGCACAAAUUCCACAAAAUCGGCAGAAAAUAUACACUUUUUCCACUAUCCGGUAAGGCAUAAAGAACGCUGCAAAAUAUGGAUCGAAAACGCAAAUAAACCGCAAUUCUGUGAUCUAGAAGAAGACCAACUACGAAAUAAAGUUAUAUGUGCGGUACAUUUCGAAAAUAAAUACUUCCCAAAUCCACAGAAAAAGAGGUUAUUGCAGGGUGCAAUACCCACACUGGACGGAGAUGCGGAGGAAACAGUGGGCAUAACAAACCAGCUACUUGUACAAGAUGUACAAGUGCUACCAGCAAAUGAUGAUGGCACAUUAUUUGUGUUAGAAACAGACAUAUUCAACAGAAUGAACAGAACGAAAGAAGUCGAGUCAUUUAUUUACAAAAAUGGUAUAAUGGUGCCCUCACGGCUGGCCAAAAACACAGACAAAACUGGCUCAGAAAACGACAACGCCUUACACCACGUCCUGGACACAAAAGAGUUUGAAGUGGUUACACAACCACAAAAGAAAGUCGUAAAUGCAAACAACGCCGUCUCAAUUACACCACUAAGCCAACCCAAAAAAAUCCUCAACAAAAUCUUAGAUAAGUCAGGCCCCGCCGGCGUCCUGUCAACACAAAUCAAAACAGCACCGUCGAAUUUUGUCAUAAAAACCGAAAACACAUACGAAAAAGACGAAAUAACGCACGAAGAGAUCCACAUAAUUGAUGAUAAAAUGGUUGAAGACGACAUGGGAGUACCCGAAGAAACAAGCACCCCAGUCAAAUCAUCAGCCGUAAAAACCUCAACAACCAAACUGUCACCAGACGUAUCGGUUGGGAGGAUUUACUUGAGGAAAAUUAAGCAGCACAGCCGAGACAUAGCCACAAUUAAGAGGAUGUUGAAGCAGAAAAAACUAUUGGAGCCAGACAAUUCUGCUAUAUUAAACACUUUAAAAGGUAAAUUGCCACCAACAUUGUACACAAUUGUAGAGCUGCAGCUGCAAAACACUAUUUCAGCUAAUGAUAUAGAGUUUUUCACUAAUUUCCACAACACAUCCCCUGAAGCCUAUAACUUAUUAAGGAACAAAUAUAAUUGGGCACUUCCCGAUUUAAAUGACAUCUCAGAAUGCAAUUCUGCAUAAUUAUUGUUGAAUUUUCAAUAUAAAUUUUAUUAUGUGAGACAAGUCAAGCCUCAAUGCUUGACACAAUUACUAAUUUAGUAAUCGAUCUUCUAUUAAAUUCAAUCGAAUUAUUUUAUUAUUUAAUUGUAUUGCUAGUGUAUCUUAUUAAAUCUAUGAAUUCAUUAAUUAUUCACAUUACAAAUGUAGUAUACAUAGCUUUAUUGAAUGUGUGUAUUUUGAAGAUGAUUGUUUUGUUAUGGGAUUAGGUGAUUAUGAAUUUUACUACAUUCAAUAUUUUUUGUUAUGUGCCUCUUGCAACACAUAAUGACUUGAUUCAUUAAUUUUGUAUUGUUUUAAUCUAUUUAUUGGUGCCAGAUUAGCUCCAUUCAAAAUAUGUAAACUGAAACUUGUAACAUUGGCAGUUUAUAUAUUUUGACUAAAAAUCGAUAAAGUAAUACUAGAAUUCUUCAUUUACUUACCUUUGAUCAAAUUAUAAGGUGAGAUUUUAGUUGCAAAAAGCAGUGGUGAUUAUUGUACCUAUUAUACACAUAAUUGUUUAUUUAGUAAUUGGGUAUCAUUGUAAUUUACUUAAAUAACAGAUAUUUAAUUUUAUCGCCGUUAUCAAGUUUUAAAAAUUGUGUCAUUUUUAUUUUA